AAAUAGUCUACACGUUCUUUUGAGUCCCAUCAAUAUCACAAUUAUUUUCCUGAUAAAAUUAAAGUUGACCUGCAAGUCAUCGGGUCCGGUCUCCAGUUGUUUUUCUUGGAAGGAAACUUGCAGAGUGUAGCUUGGAUUUCAUUAUAUAGCUCCAGUACAUGGCCAAUGCAAGAACACAAACAAUUAAUAAACAUUUUCAUGGCCAAUUCUCUAUUUACUCUCCUUGUUCUGCUGUCUGCUACAUAUUUUGUAGCAGCUCAACGAAGAACAUCUAAUAGUAUAAGCCAAGGCUCCUCUCUGACGCCAACUGGAAACUCGUCUUGGUUGUCACCUUCAGGUUUAUUUGCCUUUGGAUUCUAUCCGCAAGGCAAUAACACCUACAGGGUUGGAAUUUUUAUUGCUGGUCUUCGUCUGAAUAAAACCGUAGUUUGGACAGCCAACAGAGAUGAUCCUCCUGUCUCCAGUGGCGUAACCUUGCAGUUAACUCCGGAUGGGAGGCUCAUCCUCCAAUCUCAAGACUCGACUACUGAUGCUGUUAUAGUUGAUCAAUCUAUUUCUUCGGCUUCCAUGCUAGACUCUGGCAACUUCGUGCUCUUUGGUUCUAACCAAGAAAAGAUCUGGCAGAGUUUUGAUCACCCAACUGACGCAAUCUUACCUGGUCAGAUUCUUUCACAGAAUCAAGAAUUAUUUUCAAGGGCAUCGGAUUCUGAUUACUCCACAGGAAUAUUCAGACUUAAAAUGCAGAGUGAUUCGAACCUUGUGCAGUACCCAGUGCAGACUCCGGAUACUGCACCGUAUGCUUACUGGUCAUCUUCAACUAAUAACCAAGGGGUCAAUGUGACACUGAAUCUUGAUCCUGAUGGACACCUGUACUUGCUUAAUAAUUCUGUCAGCAUUCUCAAAAAUCUAUCUGAUGGGCUUUCUGAGAAACAGAGAGUUUACCUCAUGAGAAUUGAUUCCGAUGGUAUCCUUCGACUGUAUUCAUUUAAUUUGGGUAGAAAAGACAACAUCUCGUCGAUUGUAUGGAAAUCUUCUGGUGAUAAAUGUAGUCCGAAAGGAUUAUGUGGCCUGAACGGGUAUUGUACUCUUAAUGAUGAUGAGCCUAAAUGUUUAUGUCCACCGGGAUUUGAUAAUGUUAAUCCUGGGAAUUAUACUGCAGGCUGUAAGAGGAAUUAUACUGCUGAUAUAUGCAAGAACAGUGAACAAAGGAUCCAGUAUAGCAUGAGAGCAUUGGAGUAUACUUGGUGGGAAAAUGAUCCGUAUUUAGUCCUCAAAAUGAAAAUCAAGGAAGAUUGUGAAACAUCUUGUUUGGAGGACUGUAACUGUGAAGCAGCAUUUUAUAAAGAUGGAGAGUGCAGAAAACAACGGCUUCCACUGAGAUACGGAAGAAGGCUAUUGACUGAUUCUAAUGUUGCCUAUAUCAAAGUGGCUUCCCCAACACGCCAAAUAGAAACUCCAAGUCAUUCUAGACCAGGGAAAAAGAAAGAGCCUCGCCUGAGCAUUCUUAUCAUUAGUUUAACCCUUUGCGCCUUAGCCUUUACUGUCUUCGUGAUAUCUGGAUAUCUUGCAUACAGAAAUCGAAUAUGGGCAUAUAAAAAGAUAUCAGCAAAGGGUAAUUUUGAACUAAUGGAUGAUAUUGCUCCGCGGUCAUUUACUUAUGCAGAGUUGGAAGAAGUGACAAAUGGUUUUCAAGAAGAGAUUGGAAGAGGAGCAUCUGGAACAAUUUACAAAGGGAAAUUUAAUGACAAAUUAGUAGCUGUGAAAAGAUUGGAGAAUAUGUUAGCAGAAGGAGAGAAAGAGUUCCAGAAUGAAAUGAAAGUUAUUGGAAGAACCCAUCAUCGUAACCUUGUCAGGCUUCUGGGCUAUUGUCAUGAUGGACCAAAAAAGCUUCUGGUAUAUGAAUACAUGGUUAAUGGAUCGCUUGCAGAUAUUCUUUUUGAUCCCCAAAACCCACCAAGAUGGGAGGAAAGAAUCAGAAUUGUUCUUGAUAUUGCAAGAGGAAUCCUCUAUCUGCACGAAGAGUGUGAAACCCAAAUUAUCCAUUGCGACAUAAAGCCUCAAAACAUACUGAUAGACGAAUACAGGUCUGCCAAAAUUUCAGACUUCGGAUUGGCAAAGCUCCUGAAGGCAGACCAAACAAAUACAUAUACAGGGAUAAGAGGUACAAGGGGUUACGUUGCACCUGAAUGGCACCGAAAUAUGGCUGUUACUGUUAAGGCAGAUGUCUAUAGUUUCGGUAUCAUGCUUUUAGAGAUCAUUUGUUGCAGGAGAAGUGUCAACCUAAGCCUCUCGGAGGAGGAAGCUGUUCUUGAAGAAUGGGUCUAUCAGUGCUUUGAGGAUAAUGAUCUUGCUAAAUUAAUAAUUGAUGAGGAGACAGAUAGGAAGAAAUUUGAAAGAAUGGUGAGAGUAGGCCUGUGGUGCAUUUUAGAUGAACCAUCGCUUCGCCCAUCCAUGAAGAAGGUUCUACUGAUGCUGGAAGGGACCGUGGACAUCCCAGCACCUCCUAGUCUGUCCUCUUACUUAACAGCUAUUUAGUAUUUUAGUGUUCUGUACUUCUUUUUGCUUUUAACGAUUGUCUCUACAUCUUUAAUAUCUCAUGUCGACUAAAGAAUAGAUUCCUAGUAUGAGUGAUAAUAAUUUGGCUUUAAGCAUAGAGUAAAUAAGUAUUGUAAGAGUUAAGGUCAGGUAUUUGAACUUAAUUGUUUUUCUCUCUGAAUGUUAAAAGGAUGAGAAAUGUGACAUUGUGUAGAUUAUUCGUCA